AUGUGGAUUCAAGAGCAAUUGACCCCUUGGAGAAAGCAAGAGAUAUACAAUAUGGACAGCAAGAAAGAGCGUCAGACCGCUGUCCACAGCGACACAAACACGCUCGCCAUAAAAGCCGCAUCCAUAAAAAAGACGGCAAAGAAGGGUAUCAAGCAGGGCUUCACACUAUCCACCAAGAACACCGGCAUCGUGAAGCCGACCAAGCCGACCACCGCUCCUUCAAAACCUGUAACAUCGACGCCUAAUAAGGGCAUCAAAUCCACUCCCGACCCCUCAUCCCAAGAUUCACGCUUUUACAUCGCUCCGGGCCUGCGCAUUCCCCUCUACGAUUCCCGCGGGAAGCGCCUCACAUACGCCCGCGACGGCCGCGUCAUCGCGCAUAAGAUCUCUCGUGAACGAGUGCUGGAAGAAUAUGUGCGGAAAUACGCCGGCGAUGCCAAAGUGCAAGAGAUGGAAGGGGAAAGUGGGAAGCCAAAAUGGAGUAAGGAUCAGAUUGGGGACUGGAUUACGGAGGUGGAGUCGACGGCUUUUGGGCAGGGGCCAAAGGGGAGGACGAUAAAGGAGAGGAAAGAGGAGACAAGGAGGGAGGGUGUAGGAGAUAAGCGCGUAAAUGGGUUUAUCAAGGGCAAAGAAGUGCCUCAGCCUCAGCAGAAGGUCGCAAGGAGUAUGAGUGAGGAGAUAAAGAUGUUGUUGGUGUUGGAGGAUGAAGUGAUGGUGCCGGCGCCGGUCUCGAAGAAGCGGUCUGCUUCUAUGGAGAAAGCGAAUUCAAAGCCAGAAAUAGGGGAUAGAGAUCCCACCUUGGCUACAAACGGUGAUGCCAGUAACAAACGCAAGCUACCAGCACGAGAGUCACAAGGGUCUUUCAAGAAGCUCAGGCUGGACAAGGCAAAUACAGCACUGCCUUCCUCUAAUACGGAAAAACCUCAAACUUCGACUCCUGCUCCAUCCACUUCAACCAGCAUGGCGCCAUCAAAUGGCAAACCUGAUACCCAAUUCAAGCCUCCGAUUACUCAAAUCAUCAAAGCGCAACCACCUCGUGGCAUUGCCCCUCGUCCGGAUACGUUCCCCUGGAGCCAUGCCGACAAAGACCUAUACCUAGCCAAAGUCCAUGACGUCCACAAGGUGGAAACCCACCCUUACCUCUCCGUCUUCUCCUUAGACCCCGCCUUCUCAGUAACUCCAGGCCUGCCCUCCCGCACCACAGCCGUUUGCGCCCUCCCACUUCCAGCCACUCGAGAGCACCUCAUCAUCUCAGCGCAUACUCACACUUCCCACCUCGGCAAGUCCACAAUUGUUAAUACCACCCUCAUCCCCCAUCGCGACCUCGAAAACGCCCGCGCCGCCGCCCUCGCAGGCAAAAAGAUCGGGCCUCCGCACCGCCGAAAGAAAAACAUUACCUUGCCAUUCCUGAAGCCUGGGAAGCAUGGGUGGGAUUAUGAGAAGCACGCUUGGGGGUUUGAAGGGGAUAAGGAUCUGGAGACUGGGGUGGGGCAUCAGAUUGACCCGAGAGAUGAAGGGUUGAGCGAGGAAGAGUUUGCGGAAAAGUAUCCCGGAGCAAGAGGUGGAGUGUGGCCGUGCGGAUGUGCGAUUCCUGGGGAUGAGCACGAUUCGGAGGCGGAGUGA